AUGAUCACGGCCACGCUGCCUUCGUCUUACUGGUACCUCAAGGGCUUUGACAUCGUGGGCAUAAGCAAUUAUAUGGACUGGUUUAACUUUAUGAGCUACGAUAUCCACGGUAUAUGGGAUAGCAGCAGCGAGUGGACUAACUCGGUGGUCAACCUACAUACCAAUCUUACCGGUGCGCACUCACUAGCUCUUUUUGGCACUUUUCGCAACAACAUUAACCCUGCCAAGGUCGCUCUCGGUCUAGGCUUCUAUGGCCGAUCCUUCACCCUUAAAGACGCCUCGUGCAAUACACCCGGAUGUGCCUUUGCAAAUGACAUAGGGCUCGAAGGUAAUACAGGUAGAGCUAACCCUAGGACUUGCACCGGAACUAGUAAUAUCCUCUCUAACUACGAGAUUGUACGGAUCCUAAAUAAGUCCUCUCCGCAGGUAGUAUACGAUGCCACGGCCGGGGUAAACUGGACGACCUGGAAUGAUAAUCAAUGGGUCUUAUACGAUAACGCCAAAACGCUCCUACAGAAACGCGACUUUGCCAACGCGCAGUGUCUGUCGGGCACCUUCGCCUAG